AUGAAAGAAUAUAAGGCACCAGGAGAAGAUCUUAUUCCUCACGAAUUUUAUAAGUAUUGCAGUGAUGAUUUUGCCAAACAUCUGCUAGCGAACCUAAACGAUUUGUAUGAAAACGACAUUGUCCCAACAUGCUUUGAAUCAUCCGUUAUUCUUCCAGUUUACAAAAAAGGAAAUCAGAACAUGGUGGAAAAUUACAGAGGAAUAUCACUGAUUAAUACAAUUCGUAAGAUAUUUGGAAGUAUGUUGUACAGACGCCUUAUUAAUUGGGCAGAAGAACAGCAGAUACUUAUUGAAUGCCAAGCUGGAUUUCGUCAAGGUUACUCCGCCGUUGAUCAAAUUUAUACACUUAGCACUAUUGUAGACAUUUACCGUGAGGAAGGCAAAAAUAUCUAUGCCUACUUCGUUGAUUUCAAAUCCGCAUUUGACACUGUAGAUCGAGAUUUAAUGUUCUAUAAACUCUCUGCUCUGGGUCUACCAUUUAAAAUGUUGAGGACAUUAAGAAUAAUAUACAAAAACUGUUCAGCGAAGGUAUGGGAUGGAGUCAAUAUGUCUGAAAGUUUCGCAACACCAUCAGGUUUGAGACAAGGAUGCAUCCUGUGUACACUUCUAUUCGCCCUUUUUAUUAAUGAUAUUGUUUCUUAUAUUAAUGGAGGGUUUGAUGUAGGUCGUACUAAAAUCAAAGUUUUGAUGUACGCUGAUGAUAUAGUGCUGUUAGCAGACACGCCGAUAAAACUCCAGAUGAUGAUAACUAAGUUCGAAGAAUUUUGUAAACUGUGGAACCUUACAGUAAACAGAGGAAAGUCCCAAAUAAUGAUUUUUGGUAGAGGCAAGAGACAGCGAAGUGGAAACUAUAUCUGGAAAUUAGAGAGGGAAGCAGUGGAAGUAGUUGAUAAUUACAAAUACCUGGGAGUAAUACUAACACCACAAAAUAGCAUUAAAACUCACUUGCUGGAAAAACUGAAAAGUGCAAAAAUUGCCAUAAAAACAACCUGGCUGACUUGUAUAAAAAUAAGAGCACAGGACUUCGAGUCAAAUAUCAAAUCUUUGAGGCAACAGCGAGAUCAGUUAUGUUUUAUGCAACGCAAGUUUGGGGAUAUUUACAAUAUGAGAGUGUAG